AUUCAUUUAAUUUAAAUGCAUGAAUUGGACCCAAGUCGUCUGCCUCGAAGACAGGUCUUUCUUUUCACUUUAUAUCAGCGUCCAGCCAGCUCAAUUCCCCACAAUAUCUCUCAAUCACGUCUAUCCAUUUCCUGCUCAAUUUUCCAAUCAUCCUCUCAACCUUUAUCUCCUAUUCAAAUUUCCAGGAUGACAUGCAUCAAGAAACUAGCCGAAUCACCUGGCCUCACUUCUAUUCCUUCCCUUUACUCUUACACCACAAAUCCCAAAGAUCAAGCAGUUUCAGAGGACCCAGAAGACUCGAUCCCCGUCAUUGACUUCUCUAUACUCACCUCAGGCACUCCCCAUCAACGGUCCCAAGCCAUUGAAGAGCUUGGGAAGGCCUGCAAGGACUGGGGUUUCUUCCUGCUGAUCAAUCAUGGCGUACCGGAGAGGCAAAUGGAAGCAGUGACAGAGAAUAUUAGAGAGUUUUUCGAUCUGACAGAGGAGGAAAAGAGAGAAUUCGAGGGGAAGAACUUGUUGGACCCGAUCAGGUGCGGAACCAGCUUUAAUACAUCAUUGGAGAAUGUUUUCUUCUGGAGGGAUUUUCUCAAAAUCCUUAUAAAUCCUGAUGAUCAUGAGUUUCAGUUCCCCAACAAACCUCCUGGAUUCAGGGAGGUUUCAUUGGAUUACUGUAAAAGAAUCCGAGAAGUGGCAAGGGAAUUACUGAAAGCAAUAUCAAUGAGCUUGGGAUUGGAGCCCUGCUACAUCGAAAAGGCCACGAAUCUGGAAUCGGGUUUACAAGUUUUCAUUGCAAACCUCUACCCUCCAUGUCCACAGCCAGAACUUGCAAUGGGUUUGCCACCACAUUCGGACCACGGCCUCUUGACUCUCGUCAUGCAGAAUGGAAUUGGUGGACUCCAAACACGGCACAAUGGGAAUUGGGUCAAUGUCAAUGCCAUUCCCAACUCCUUUCUAGUCAAUACUGCCGAUCAACUUGAGAUUUUGAGUAAUGGGAAGUACAAGAGUAACGUGCAUCGAGCAGUGGUGAACAGCAAAGCUACGAGGAUAUCACUAGCCAUUGCGAACGGGCCUUCAUUUGACACGAUGAUCAGGCCAGCACCUGAGUUGGAAAGCAAGGAGCAGGCAGCAGCAUACAUUGGGAUGAAAUACAAAGACUACAUGGAACUUCAACAAGGCAACCAACUUGAUGGGAAAUCCUGCUUGGAUCGUGUUCGAGCUUUCAAUUAAUUAAUGAAUGUUGUUCUACUGUAAUUAGUUAAUCAAGACGCUAGCUGUUCAUGAUGAUCAAUACUCAAGUAUUUAUGCUUUCAAGUGCUUUCGAAUAA